AUGUCUUAUCCUGUUGAUUCUAUAAAGCAGGGAGGGAAGUUUUAUUUAUGUUGGUUGGCAGAUACGUGGCCGCUACGAUUUGCAACUAUUACUCACAGGCAGUUGUACUCUCAGGAUAUUCGAAAAAUAUGUGAUGAUUUACUAGAAGUUACGACAAAUGAGUCCAGUCAUCCGGCAAAAAGAGUUUCUCUGCGUUUAAGUUCCCAGUUGCUUAGGGGCCUGGUGAGACUUUAUCAAAGACAAGUUACUGUUCUACUAGGGGAUCUCUGUAUGAUUAAUGCCACUGUUUUAGAAAACACAAAUAAAAAAUGGAUAUUACAUGACGCACCCAUAUAUACGGAGAAUGUCCAGCGUCCGAGACUUCAAAUAAUACUACAAGAAGAGCCAGAAAAUGUUGAAGACGAAGAAGAUGAAGAAGAUGAAGAAGACGAAGAAGACGUAGAAGAUGAAGAAGACGAAGAAAAUGUUGAAGAAUUAUUACAGAAUAGCAACAAUGUAGUGGCUAACAUUGAUGAAAUAACGCUUAAGGAACCGACAAUGCCUGAAGUUAUGUUACUAAAUGAUGAUUUCGGCGAGCUUCACAUCGAUCAACAGAUCGCUGAUCGUACGAUGGAGCUGAUGAUGCAAGGCGACGUAUCUGAGAUAGAUCAUAGCGUGAUCGACCUUCCCGCAGACUUCUCCGCCGAGAAGUCGGAAUACAAGUCGGAGCCAGCCACUCACGACGCGCAGAUGGAAACUACAUCGGUGCACGAUGUCGCCAUGUAUCGCAAGUCCGUUGGAACCGAGCUCGUUGCAGUUGGCGAUUUUGAAAAAGGCAUGCAAACUGUGGAACAGAAAGCCGUCAUUGUUCCGACUGAGGCUACCGUGGGAGAGCCGGCUGAAGGAUUUGUCUUGGAGGAGCUGGAAGAUGUGGAGCCGCAAGUGAAACGGCGACGUCAACAGAAGCUCAUCAUCGACAAGAAGACCGAGCUGAGCACAGAGUACAUGCGCGUCAGGAUUGACGAUAUAUCCGUCCAAUUACGAUGCCAAGAAGCAGUGACCGAACCGAGAACAAGACAGACACACACGCAAAGCCAACUAGAAACGAUAGGAGAGAAAGUACAACAGCUUCAUGCACCGUCUCAGGUUGAAGUGCACAUGCAGAUGCAAGAAGAUGUUACGAAUGAGCUUAAUGUGGAGCAAUUGGACUUGGAGCGGACAGAAUUACCAACGCGCGUUGUUGAGACUCUGUCACAGCAUGCCUCGAAACAGGCGGAUGAGUUUCAAGUUCCUGCAAAACGAUGUCGCACUAUGGGCUAUGUAUCGUAUAGACACAGCCGGGAGCUAGUCGUAGAGGAGGCCGUCUCUACUCACGAGGCUGAAAAAGAAAAUAUACCGCAGAAUAAACAGCUUCAAAGCACUGAACUUGAGAGGAGCGCUACGGCGAUGCUUCAGGAAGCAGGCUUAGCGGACAUGCAAACAUGCGAACCCAUCGAAGUGGAAACCCUCUCUGAAGCAUCUGGAACGCCCCUGGGCAGUCUGGACAGGACUAAAGUUUCACUUGGCGACUCUGAACACACUACUGAUUCCAAGAGAUUUAUACUUGACCAAUGGGGAACCGAGGGAACGAUGAGGAAAAUCUUACAAAAUAUAAAGGAGGGGACAAGACCGAUUACUAUCCAUAAGUUAAUAAUGAACGGGCCCACAACACCGGGAAAACAUAAUAUCAUAGCAGCGCGCUGUUUCUCUUCCGUGCUCAAAUUGAAGCAAUGUGGCUUCAUCCAAGUGCGUAAAGACCCACAAACUUUGGAAAUUACGGACAUAUUUUUGGGACGGCAAUUUGAUAAAGUAAUGUAA